AUGGCGACCGCAGGCAAUGGCCGAACACAUACAAAGCAAACAGGUACUCCAGACUACGAUGAUCCAGUCUUCUGGGAUAAUAAGUUCUCUAGUGGUCGCGAUGUCGGCGAAUGGUUGAAUCCUGGCGAACCGCUCAUCGACGCGGUCAUGUCGCAUCUUGACCGCCGCCCCGCGCUCGAUGAGCCAGCACCCUCACCUCGUGCCUUGCACCUCGGACCCGGUAUCUCCAAGCUGGGAUCAAAACUCUGCGCUGAGUUUACAAAGCGAGGUUGGCCCGGGAGCCAAAUACUGAACGUCGAUUUCUCCUUCGAGGCCGUCCGCAUCGGUCGCGAAACAGAAGCCACAAAGGAACAGUCGCAGGCGAUGCACUGGAUGCAAGUCGAUCUACGGUCUUGGGAAGACGUCUCCAGGACGAUCCCGUACGGACCGUUCGAUGUGGUAUUUGACAAGAGCACCAGCGAUGCGAUCGCGACGGCGGCGCCCUUGACAUUCCCUUCUGCUUCCGAGGCAUCGAACACAUGUCCGACUAUCCGGCAGGUUGUGGAGGAAUCUGGAGAGAUAACAUUGUCGCCGGUGGAGGUACUGGCUCUGCAUCUGGCACCGUUGACGCAGAAAGGCGCCAUCUGGGCCACGAUAUCCUACUCGACGAUGCGCUAUGAUAAUUUGCCUUACUUGGCUCGAUACUGGCACUUGAAUUCUCGAACUCCCCUGAGAGCCCCGAAAGGCGAGACCUCGUCCUUUGCUCAUACGCCGGACGUCUUCCACUGGCUCUAUAUCCUGGAGCGGAAAUGA